GUAAUUGAAACCAACCUUAAGCUUUUUCUAUCUUCGCCCUAAAGGUAGCCCCGAUUAUUGCUGACUUAAGCAUCGGAGUGUCUACCCCGAGUUCCACCUCGGGGCUUUGCAGGUUAUUCCGAAGUGCGAGCGCGGACUGAAGAAGGACUUCUGGUUUGGUGCAAUUACAUUGGCGCCGUCUGUGGGAAUCCGAACUGAAAGUUUGCUAGUUGCUCUUCCACCAUGGUCUACACUCGAUCAGUCAGAGCUGGUAACUCAUCUCUGCCUCCUGGGCAGGGUCAACCCCCCAACAACCUCCCACCUCAGCUCCCACCUCAGCUCCCACCUCAGCUCCCACCUCAGUUUCCACCCCAGAUCCCAGUUAUGUUCCCUCCUAUUGAUCAUGCAGAAGGAGGAGAUGAAAAUCAACCUCAUGCCUCAGCUCAUAACUCAGCUUCUACUGCCAACCAAGAUGUAGUGACAGCUCAGCUUGCUGCCAUGCAGCAGCAGUUUGGUGUUUUUCAAUUGGUAUUGGCUCAACUUUUAGCUAGAAAUAACCCUGUGCAACGUGUCCUUGUUGACACCGGGAGUGCACCAGACAUCAUGUAUUUUCACUGUUUCGAGAGUCUGGGACUGGAUCCAGCAUUGUUGCAGAAGUAUGACGGUCCCAUCUAUGGUUUCAACAACCAACCUGUUCCAGUAGAAGGAGUUCUUACCCUCCAUGUGGCUUUUGGAAGUGGUCAGACCUAUGUAGCCCCUCCAGUUCGGUUCCUCGUCGUCAAGAUGGCCUCUUCUUUUAACAUUGUUAUUGGCCGGCCCACAUUGACCGAAAUCCGAGCUGUGAUUUCCCAAUCUCACCUCUGCAUGAAGUUCCCCACUCCUAUGGGCAUAGCAACACUGCGAGGAAAUCAGGAGGUAGCCAGACACUGUUACAUCACCUCGGUCACACAACCAAUGAAGGGCAAAGAUAAGACACCCGAGGUCAUUCCCCAGCAGAUUCCUGAUAAUCAGCAAGUAAUGGGUGUAGAGAUUAUUGAUAAUCGACCGGAUGAUGAAACCAGAGCUGCUCCGGUUGAAGAUGUUGAAGAAGUGCUGGUUGAUGACAGAGAUCCGAGCCGAAAAACGCAGAUCGGAACUAGAUUAAACCCAGAAGAAAGAGCAGAACUGAUAGCUUUUCUCCAAGCUAACAAUGAUGUAUUUGCAUGGACUUCGGCGGAUAUGCCAGGAAUUCCAACUUCAGUAUGUCAACAUAAGCUCAGUACCAACCCGUUGAAGAAACCAGUGGCUCAGAAGCGGCGUCUCUUCGGGGGGGAGAGGCUUCAGGCUGUCAAAGAAGAGGUGGAGAAGCUCCUACAGGCUGGUUUUGUGAGGAAAGUUGAUUAUUGCGAAUGGGUGGCUAACCCAGUCAUGGUGAAGAAGGCCAACGGGAAAUGGCGAAUGUGUAUCGAUUAUACAAAUCUUAACAACGCCUGCCCUAAGGAUUGCUACCCAAUGCCGAGCAUUGACAAAUUAGUUGAAGCGGCUUCAGGCAAUGAGAGGUUAAGCCUCUUGGAUGCGUAUUCUGGGUAUCACCAGGUGCCGAUGGCUCCAGAAGAUGAAGAGAAGACCUCAUUCUAUGCUGGCGACGAGAUUUAUUGUUAUGUCAUGAUGCCAUUCGGACUAAAGAAUGCAAGUGCUACUUACCAGAAAAUGGUGACCAUAGUCUUCCGAGCUCAGAUUGGCAAGAAUCUGGAGGUGUAUGUGGAUGACAUUGUGGUAAAGAGUCUGAAGGCAGAGAACCAUCUAGCCGACCUCGACGAAACCUUUAACAACCUCAGAAAGAACCGGAUGCGGUUAAAUCCAGCCAAGUGCAUCUUUGGAGUGGAGUCUGGAAAAUUUCUAGGUUUCAUGGUAUCCCGAAGAGGGAUUGAGGUCAAUCCAGAGAAGAUCAGAGCAAUUGCCGAGAUGGAACCGCCGAAGUCAAUUAAAGAUAUACAGAGACUGACAGGAAGGGUGGCAGCUCUGCAUCGAUUUAUCUCCAGGUCAGCGGAUAAGUGCUUGCCAUUCUUCAAAAUUAUGAGGGUCACCCAUUUCGAUGAAGAACGAAAUGGACAACUGCUUCGGGAAAACCUUGAUCUGCUUGCUGAGGUCAGAGAAGAAGCUCGGCUUCGAACUCUUGUAUACAAGCAGAAACUAGCCAACUUCUACAACAGACGAGUCCGCCCUCGAACAUUCAAAGUAGGAGACCUUGUUCUCAGAAAAGCUGGCUUAACGGGGUUCGAAACUCGUUUUGGCAAACUUGCCCCAAAUUGGGAAGGCCCCUAUGCCGUGGCCGAGGUACCACAUCCUGGUGCUUAUAUUCUCCAAGACGCUGAAGGAAAGAGAGUUCCUAGAGUCUGGAAUGUCAAUAACUUGAAGAAGUUUUAUCCCUAAUAAAAUUCUGUCAAGUGUUUUAAGUCUUACUGUUCUUUACGUUUCUCACUUCGUGUUUAUUGAGAAUCAUUUUACCUCUUAUUUUAUGUAUCUGAGGUCAAUCAGUUCAUUCACUUCUAUUAAUAAAUGUCACUUGACAUU